AUGGAUGCUGGAAAAUACGAAGAGUUACAGCAACAUUUCAGAGUGAGAGUUUCUGCGUGCUAUCAAGAAACAUUUGCCGGAAAUUUGGGAACGAAAUACUCAAAGAAUUUUACAGUGAUUGGAAGUAUUGGAUACAAUUUGGACACACUGCUCCAGGUUGCUAAAGAUUUGAAUCUGUCCAUUGUGGUGUGCGAGCGUUUGCACGAUCGAUGUGAUCAUUUUCAAACGCGUUAUGUGGAUACAAAAUCAUUGGUUGUGGAGAAUUGCUAUUCAAAACCUUGGCUUGUGCAAGAGAGUGGUGAUGGAGUGCAAACUGCAGAAAAAUCAGACAUUGUGACUCAUCGUGAGACUUGUGUCUAUGAAAUUGGGCAAUCGACACAGAAUGUUGAGAAUGAGUGGAUGUAUGAAUUGGCCGAUCAAGAAAAGAAAGGCAAGUGGAAUUUGUACAAUCAAGCAGUGCAAUACUAUUUUGCAAAAGACUAUGAGAUGGCUCUCCAAUUGUUGGUUCGAUUUAAGGAGAGUCUGCAACAUGAUGAUCAUGGCGGUGAGGAGAUGGAUUUACCAACGGAGAGAUUGAUUCAGAAAUGUCAAAGGAUGGCGCAUGCUCCAAAAACAAUCACAGAAUAA